UGUGUGACAAGUAUUGGAAAAAUAACACAAUGUUAAAGACCUCUUUUGUUACGAAGUUGGAAAAUAUUUUCAUCUUGUUAUGAAUCUAUAUUAAGAGAUUUGAGAAAGGUUUGAAUAUACAUCAUCAUCAUUUUUUUAUUUUUUCAUCAUCAUUUUUUUCUCUAUUACUGUGAAUGCGCAGUUACGGGAAAGAAUGUGCAGGGGAGGGGCCCUUACAGGUAAUUGGCCCCAGGACCUUGGCAAGUCAUAAUUCAUCCUUGAUUCCCCAUCAUCACGUGAUAUCUGAUUUGAGGCAUAAAUACUGCUGUCUGUAAGCGUAAGACAGCUGAAGUUUUUCAGGAGAACACAGAAUAUACCAAACUCUUGGAGGCUUCACCAGUGUACACAGUAAAAACAUGGCUGAUGGCAAAGUCUGUUUGGUUUCUAUCUCAGAGCUUGUUUCCAGUGACUCCACAGGCAGUCCAGAGUUCAUCCAACAGCUUCUCCCGUCUGCGGAGCGAACGGCUCUCCUCUAUCAUCUCUCUUACCUGUGUUUGGGAGGCUUCCCAAAUCUGGAGCGUCUGAUCAGAAAGAGAGCAGUUGAAACACAACUGCUGUUCGGAUCUUCUGAGGCUCUUCUGAUGAAGUGUGCAGGAACCAGUAACAAUCUUGUCAAAUCGCUGCUGCCCAGUCUGAAGUUGGCUGCAGAGAAAAACAAACCACAAUUUGCACGGAAAUUCCUAGAAAGAGCCAAAGAAUGGAUCGAUUCCAUCGUAAUGGAUGUUAAAGAAAUUGUGAAGAAGUAUGAUGAACAUAACAGUGAUGUAGCCGCAACAACCAGUGACUUCAACACUGAAAAGGAGGAGGCCAAGAAGAAGCAGCAGCAGCAAACCAGUGAGAUGAAGGAACUUCAGAAGAUUAUUGAUGAUCUGGAAGCACAACAUGCUAACAUCAGUAAAGAGAUUCAAGAUUCUGAGAAGAAGAUUGAGGAGAAAAACUCAGAGAUACAUGAAUUAAUUAAUGAGACGCAGACAAAUACAGAUGUUGCUAUAUUUUCUAUGAUUGUGCCAUUUUUGGAAAGUAUUAUUAGUUUCAUUUACAAAAUGAAGUACACUUCAAUGAAAGAUGAGCUCAGAGCUCUUCAUGAUGAUUUAACCAAGACCACUGAAGCACAGAAAAGACUGAAAGAAGAAGAGUGUGACAUCCAGAACAAGCUGAUGGACAAUCAGCUGAAUCUGGCCAAAUUAAAAAUUGAAAAUGAUCAGGUGCUCAGCAUCAUACACCUUGAUGAGGUCCAGAAGUGCCUGUCCCGAAUCCAGCAAAUUCUGAUUCAGCUUCAGAAGUUCUGGGAGAAAGUGGGUUCUUUGCUGGACACACUGAAGGAAAAGACCUCCGCUAGGGAUGUUUGGAUUGAUAUGAAGGAAGAGUUCCUGCAGUCCAUAGAUGCUGCUAAAGAGGAAUGGACAAAGUUUGGCAUCAACUGCAUGAAUGCCAACAAAAUCUUCAGCAUUCAGGCGAAUGAUGCCUACAGGUUUCUGGAGGUCAGUCCUUCAUCUCUGUCUGAAGAAGAGCGGAUGAAAGAGUAUCAGAGCGUGAAAGAGAAACUAGAGAAAAUCAGACCAAACACUGUCAAUCCGGCAGCCAUUACGCUGUGAGAUCUACAAAGAUGAUUUACCAGGAAAUAUUAGUGCAGCAAUGCUUCUGCUUUCUUUCAUAUCAGCUCUGACCUGUCAUGUUGAUUAGAGCUUUCUGUAACUAUAGGGCUUUUCACAAUUAAAAUAGAUCUAAGCCCUGGGUAAAGAGAAUCCUGGGUAAUCUUGCUUCACCAGGGUAAACAAUUUCACAAGAUGCCUUAAGUCCUUUUGUAUCUAAUAGCAAAGGGUGAUAAAAGUAGGCCUAGGCUGUUCAUCUGGUCAUGUGAUCUCAAUGUUGUCUACAGUGACCUGCUUCAUUUGAAAUAAAAGCUUUCAUGAUUAGACCA